AUGUUCAACUUGCAGUCAUUGGGCCAAGUACUGCCAGUGCUAAUGGGCACUGCCCUGGCAGCGGUUAGUUAUCCACCAAUUCCAGAGGACUUGACGACCCCGUAUCAACAACGUCUUGCGAUAUAUGGUCCAAAUGCUGUCUCAGUGGGUUGGAACACCUAUGAGAAACUAAACCAAAGCUGUGUUCAAUAUGGUACUUCUGAGGCCAAGCUCGACGCGCAGGCCUGCUCUUCGACUUCGUCGACAUAUGCAACCUCUCGGACUUAUUCCAAUGCUGUUGUCCUCACAGGGUUGACUCCAGCAACAACAUACUACUAUAAAAUUGUUUCCACGAAUUCCAGUGUGGAUCACUUCCUCAGUCCUCGCAGUCCUGGCGAUACCACGCCUUUCAACCUCGAUGUAGUCAUCGAUCUUGGAGUCUUUGGAAAGGACGGCUACACCAUCACCUCCAACAACGCCAAGAAGAGCAGUAUUCCAUCAAUUGACCCAGCGCUGAACCAUACUACCAUUGGCCGUUUGGCUGACACCGUCGAUGACUAUGAAUUUAUCAUUCAUCCCGGCGAUUUUGCGUACGCCGAUGAUUGGUACCUUAAGCCGAAGAAUCUAUUGGAUGGCAAGGAUGCCUACCAGGCCAUCCUGGAGCAGUUCUAUGACCAGCUGGCCCCUAUCAGUGGACGCAAGCCGUAUUUGGUUUCCCCAGGAAACCAUGAGGCAGCCUGUGGCGAGAUCCCCUUUACAACUGGUCUCUGCCCUCUAGGACAGCGUAAUUUCACUGCGUACAUGCAUCGGUAUGACGAGACCAUGCCUAGUGCCUUUGCUUCCUCGUCGUCGAACAUCACAGCCCAAAAUCUGGCCUUAAAAGCUCAGAGUCUCGCUCAGCCACCAUUCUGGUACUCAUUCGAGUACGGAAUGGUGCAUGUUGUCAUGAUCAAUACCGAGACGGACUUCCCGUCGGCCCCUGAUGGACAGGAUGGAUCGGCCAAACUCAAUAGUGGCCCGUUCGGCCAAGACGGCCAACAACUGGCAUUUCUCGAGGCAGACCUUGCCAGUGUCGACCGGUCUGUGACGCCCUGGGUGAUUGUUGCCGGACACAGGCCGUGGUACUCGACUGGCCUCAGCUCCAACAUCUGCAAGCCGUGCCAAGAAGCCUUCGAAGAACUAUUUUAUAGGUACGGUGUUGAUCUCGGAGUGUUUGGCCACGUGCACAACUCUCAACGUUUUUUGCCGGUCUACAAAAACACGGCAGAUCCAAACGGUAUGAAUGAUCCAGCGGCUCCUAUGUAUAUUGUCGCUGGUGGUGCUGGCAACAUCGAAGGUCUGAGCUCGGUUGGCUCCAAGCCGUCAUACACCGAGUUCGUUUACGCCGAUGACUAUAGUUACAGCACUCUCCGCAUCCUUGACGCAAACAAUCUCCAGGUGGAUUUUAUCCGCUCUUCCACCGGAGAGGUUCUCGACUCGAGCAAGCUGUAUAAGAGUCACAAGGAGCAGUUCGUUGUCCAGUGA